UUUUCGGUUCUAGAGAUGGAGGAUAAAGAAGUCCUAACUUCCAAGGAAGAGAAGAUGACUGAACCUUCUGGACUUCCACCAGGUUUUAUGGAUCUCCCUCUGGAUACCAGUGUCCGGUAUGCUGGUCAGUCAGAGAAAGCCAAAAACCUCGCCAAGGCGGCCAUGGCUCGCAGACUUUAUUCUGUUGAAGACACCAAAAAUGUAGACGCUGUUCCAGGGGUAGAUACUACAGAUUCAAAGUCAGAUUUGGAACUAAACAAACCAGAGGCAUCCGACAAUCCGGGAGGUGGACAGGAAAAAAGUGAAAAUAAAACCCAGAACUCGUCACCAGAGACCGCACCGGACAAACCCGAGGAUGUACAGAAACCCCUUAUUGAACACAAAGAGGAAGCCGGAGACAGCGGGGAGGACGAUGGAAAUAAGACGUUCUGUUGCCUAACAAUCAAAACUAAACCUUCAACCAAGUUAGACUGGCCACCCAGAUUCCAGAUCAAGGAUAUUGUGCUGGCAUUUAUUGGGUUUUUUACAUUCGCUGUGGACUAUGGGACUGACAUUCGUCUGUUGGUAUUUUAUUAUUACGAGAAUAGAUUAACACACCUGUAUCUAACAGCCGGGUUUAUAAUUGUACCCUCCGUCAUAUCGGGAAUAAUUUCCGUGAUCUGGUACAAGAUGUAUUACAGGAGGGAUAAAAGGAAUAAAUACGAACACGCCAAAACGUUGUACAUAUUUAGAAUCACACUGUCGUUUUUCCAGCUUGGUCGACUCUGGAGGCAAGGAGAGUACAUUUAUUAUGUAGCCCAUAGUUUACGCUUAGAGAAGCAUGGUAAAAAUGAUAAAGCCUGUACACUAAGGAAGCGUGCCACUGAGGAGAAACGAGACGCCACGAUUCUGGGUCUGAUUGACGGGUUCCUGGAGUCCGCGCUUCAGCUUUUGUUACAGAUAUUUAUAGCAGCCAACAGUCAAUCCUCUGUUACCGAGUUCCCGAUCCUGUCUUCUUUGAUGUCCUCAUGGGUGUCUACAUCACUAAUCAUCACAACUUAUUACCGCGCCAACAGGAAAGCUCAGAAAGCUAAAUCAAAUGUAGACUAUGUCUCUUCCCUAUUCUAUCUGCUGUGGCGAAUGUUCGAGCUGGGUCCAAGAUACAUAUUGCUUGGCCUCUGUGCAGCCUACUUCAAACCCUGGUCCUUUAUCGUUGCAGCUUUACAUGUCAUUUUUGUCACGCUUUUGUACCGUUUUAUGAAGGCUGAAUUGGCGGGAAUUUGCGAAGAUCCAACGGAAGAGACGCCAGAUGCUAGAUCGGCAGAAAACGGUGACGCUGGUCAAGAUGAAAACCAAACAGAGGCUCAAAAGAGCGGAUCCAAAGGAUGUGGGGUUCCAAUGCUGCAGCACGCUUUCUUACUGGUUUUGGGAUUCAUUGGUUUGUUUUCUUUCAUCAAUCUGAAGGAAGGGAAAACCAGAUACUUGACUUUCAUUUAUUACGUCGUGUACUACGCAGAGAACAUGGUGAUGGUGGCACUGAUUAUUUGGUUAGCAGACGACAGAUUCCCGCCACCGGAUUGUUACGUGCUGGUAGUGGCCCCUAUAGGAAUUGUGGGUCACGUGGUUUGUGCGGGAAUAUUUUAUCUGCUUUUCCAUCCUGAAACUUCAGGCAAAAGAAGAAUCGUCGCCCCGAGGGUGAAGAUAAACUGUUCCUGUUUGCAUCAGAAUUAAUAUGGCAGUAAUUUUCAAUUUAUUUUGCAUAAUAAGUAAAAACUUAUCUCAUAUUUAACUAUUGGUCAGUUAAUCUAAAAAAAACAACUAAUCAUGGUUUUGAGAAUACUGGAUGGCCUUUAUUUUGUGUUUCAUGUGCGUGAACAUCAACAGGAAAGUUAUUCUAAUCACUACCAUAGUUGAAAACUUUAAUAACCGAAAUGAACAUCUUGAAAACUAUCUUUGGCAUUAUCAAAGUGUAUCAGAGAAAGUCGAUUUGCCCGAGCUUACGACAGGCAUAGUGGUUCAUUCACGGCUCUGGUUUAUCGAGGGGCAUGAGACUGUACUACCCAGGGUUGAAUGAGGGUUCAUCGGUCUUAAUGACUGUUACUAAUUUAAUGGGAGUUCUCAUGAGUUCUUUACAUCUCAUCAGUCUAUUGGUCAGUUAAUCUAAAAACAGAUAAUCAUGGUUUUGAGAACACUGGAUAGCCUUUAUUUUGUGUUUCAUAUGCGUGGACAUCAACAGCAAAGUUAUUUUAAUCACUACUAUAGUUGACAUCAAUAACCGAAAUGAACAUCUUGAAAACUAUCUUUGGCAUUAUCAAAGUGUAUCAGAGAAAAUAUUCUAGCUUCGGUGUUUCUCUUAAAUUCCAGGAAAAUUGUUUUAUGACAUUCAUUAAUUUGUUUUGUAGAACUAAAAUUUCACUGGAAUUCAUAUUAUGGAGACAUACUUUGCAUAUGACGUAUUAUCCUUUUAAAAUAACUGUACUAAUUUACAGUUACAUUAUGGAUACAAAAUAUAGAGUUAUGGAACUUUGUAUAGAGUACAUGUAUAUAAUGAAUAUCAUUGUUUAUACCUUUCUGUGCUUAUGAUUGAGGCUUUCACAUUUUUAUUCAAUUUAAAUUUAGUAAUAUAUUAAUGUGAUCCAAAAAUCAAAAAAUCUGUACAUGUAUGCAUAGGGUGAUCAUUCAUUUCGUAUUUUUAACAGUGGAUAUUUUGAAAGUUUAGCUGGUUGUAUUUUAUAUGUACCUUGUUUUUUUUUUGUUUUUUGUAUUUUUUUUUAGCAAUUAUGCCCAUAUGACUUGUUUAUGUUUGGAUCUAUAAGAUCCCUUGCCCUUUGUGUUGUACAGGUUGUCUUUGUUUAAUGGUUGUUUUAUUGUUUUGAUUAUUGUAGAAUACAUCAGUAGAAUCUUCUUGCCUCGAGGAGGAAGGAGUAACUGUUUAUUAAUAGGGUUAAAAGUUCAUUGUAAAAUAAACAACCUAAUACAUCA